ACUGGCUGGGGAUGUCUCCAUUUGCCCAGUAGGUGACUCCAUGCCUGUGCAGGGCAGAGCUGUGUUGGAACAGCAGCCACUAUCCCAACUCGGCCUGUCUGUAUACCUACACUGUAGGUUUUCGAGGUGAGGGUGCAACCCAAUUUUCAUCUACACUGUGAAUCCAGCAUUUUUCUUUGAUAUAAACGGUUACUUUUCGAGCAACAUCUUAGUUUCGUAGAAAGGGCAGUAGCUUUCAACUGACCAGACGGUGUGACUUGGAUGGUGCAGCAUCACUCACCCGGAGCACAGAAGUAUCGCCGCCACAGCACUCAGUUGGUCGCACCAUGACCGCGCCACUCAUCUGUGUUUGCGCGCUACUAGUAGCCGCAAAGCUGGGGAUCUUCGCUCCGGCGGCAGCCGAUGAUCGUCCCAAUGUCAUCCUGAUGUUAUCCGAUGACUGGGGCUAUGGAGACGUGGGUGUCUAUGGAGGUCCACAUUACCCAAGGAGCGGUACGAAAGUGAGAACUCCGAACAUCGACACGAUGGCAAGGGAAGGUGUGAUUUUCACAGACUACCACACAGCAAAUCCAGUAUGCUCGCCAAGCCGAGCUGCUCUCAUGACCGGCCUUUUCCCAGCCAGAGUUGGCAUCCACACAGCACUCAAUUCCAAUGCAGAGGCAAACAAAAAAGAAGGCCAGGUCAACUUCCUCAACUUAUCUGUUCCCACGGUUACGGAGCACUUCCAGAAAGCCGGCUAUCUAGUGGGGCACUAUGGCAAGUGGCAUCUUGGUGGUACCAAAACUCCACCAUCGCCAGCACCGACAUCGUAUGGAAUAGACUCGGCGGUGACAUUCAACUCCAACGACCCAGCCCAUCAGCUGGGCAACGAAUCAGCGCCAUACUGGGCUGGUGUGUCUUCAUCGCUCAUCAUUGACAACGCAAUCAAGCUGAUCAGUGAGGCUACUGCCCAGAAGAAACCAUUCUACCUGAAUCUCUGGUUUCACAUUGCCCACGCAAAACUCGACCCAACUCCUGAACAACUAAGUGCAUUCACAGCGGAAUGUAGCCAAGAAGAGAAAGCCGUUAACCAGACCUAUUGCCCGGGACAGAUCUAUUGGGCAUCACAAACUGACACAGACACGCAAAUUGGACGACUGAUGGCAGCCCUAAAACAACAAGGUCUGUACAACAACACACUCUCUGUCUUCACCGCAGACAAUGGACCAGAGGAUGUCAUGGUCUACCACAAUGCCCAGGGAACUACUGGUCCGUGGAGAGGAAGGAAGCGCUCACUGUAUGAAGGCGGACACCGCGUCCCGUUCAUUGGUCACUGGCCGGCAAGGAUCAGUGGCGGGCGCGUCGACCAUUCCAUUCUAGGUGGUGCUGAUUGGUUUCCGACCGCCGCUCAAAUGGCCGGCAUACCUCUUAGCAGUGGUGACUUGCAGAAGAUCGAUGGAGAGGACAUGUCUGCAGCGUUCCUCAAUGGCAAAGGAUCAGCACCAGAGUCCCGCGAGAAGAUGCUGUUCUGGGAAUGGAGAUUUGGUGUUGCCGGUCACUGUUGGAAUCAAGCACCACACUUGGCCGUCAGGAAUGGCACGUGGAAGUUCAUGAUGAACAGUGACGGCACUCGGCACGAACUCUACGAGAUGGGAAAUGAGCCAGGCAAAACACAGCACUUUGAACUGAAGAACGUGGCAGCUGCAAAUGCAGACAUUGUGGCCAGCCUCAGCAUAGCCCUAUCUGACUGGCUGAAAACAUUACCGAAAGGUCCUAACUUCACCCCGAACAACUUUGGUUGUGGCACAUCUCACAUGCCAGCUAUACAUGAUCCCGCAAACUAACCUUCCCUGCAUUAUGUGUAGCUGUUUGUAGUGUUAUAACUAUAGUACAUGUAUAACCUGCAUGUUCUCCUGAGACUGCAUGCAUUACAUUACAGUGCAGUUCGCUGACAUGCUUCUUUCCGUGUCACAGCAUGUCCUCUUUGUGAGCAUGCUUCCAAUACCGUGGCAAUGAUGAGCUCUGGUACAGUAUAGGAAUCAAGUGUAUCACAGUGUAUCCCGGGAGACCCA